AUGAACCUCCAAUACUUCAGUAUUUUGAUAAGACUGGCUCGAUUAUCAUCGCUGGUGUCCAAAAGACUCUCUACUAUUCGAGCUUAUCAGCAGGGUGCCGAGCUUUUGGUCAGAUCGGUCGCUGAGUUGGACGAACAACUCAAUGUUCUCAAGCGAUCAGUAGACCCUAUCCUUGUCCUCGAUUCUCCUAUCAAACUUAACCGACCGCCGGCCGGAAUGACCCUUCAACAGCUCAUGUAUCUCCGAUACGGCUUUUUCAACGUAACGCUCGAUAUCCAUACUGCCCUGACUUACCCCUGGAGUCGGGGCAUGCUUGGCUUGACCCCCCAUGUUGCGCUUCGCAAUCAGGUAGAGAAAUCUACUCAGAUGGUGGCCGAAACUUGCCGCAACGCCAUCCUAGCAACUGAACACAUACACUUCGACGCUAGCACUCCUGUUCCGCUGAGCUUUUUCGGGCCGAUCUAUGCUCUUAUCAACCUCUUUAUCUAUAUUCUACAAACUCCUCAACAGCCUCGUAUUCAGUCAGACCUCGCGCUGAUGGACGUGGGCGCUGGACACUUCGCCCGGAUGCAAUUUGCAACAGAUUCAGAAAUUUCCUUCAGCUUUGCGAAAGAGAUGGCCGCGCUGGCCCAUGAAGCUGUAGAAAAGGCGUCUCGACGCUAUGCAGGCAACGAUAGCGUCAGUACUGAGGCAGACCUCUCUCGAUUCCCACAAGACAUGUCUGAUACAAUGACGGAUCGGAAUGUCCUGGGGGAAGAUCUACAAUCUGAUGAUCCCACCGCCGGCUACGCGAACUCUUUUUUUGAUCUCGAAUUGGAAAACUGGAGUACAUUUCUUCCUGGUGGCUUUGACGACAACAUGAUGGAUUUUUCGGUCAUCUAA